CCCGGCUCUCCCCAGCUGUCGAUCUUGUCCUUCAAGUCGGCGUUCCACGGCCGUCUGUUUGGCAGUCUGUCUACCACUCGAAGCAAGCCAAUUCACAAGCUGGACAUCCCUGCGUUUGACUGGCCGCAAGCUCCUUUCCCGGCCCUCAAGUACCCGCUCGAGGAGCAUGCUAAGGAGAACGCCGAGGAGGAGCAGCGGUGCCUCCAGGAGGUCGAGCGCUUGAUUAAGGAGUUCCACAACCCGGUUGCUGCCGUCGUGGUCGAGCCGAUCCAGUCCGAAGGUGGUGAUAACCAUGCCUCUCCGGCCUUCUUCCGCGGCCUCCGCGAGAUCACCAAGCGUCACAAUGUGCUCUUCAUCGUAGACGAGGUGCAGACCGGUGUCGGCGCGACUGGCAAGUUCUGGGCCCACGAGUACUGGAACCUGGAAACCCCGCCUGAUCUGGUGACCUUCUCCAAGAAAGCCCAGACGGCCGGCUACUACUACGGCAACCCGGCGCUGCGUCCCAACAAGCCGUACCGCCAGUUCAACACCUGGAUUGGUGACCCUGCUCGUGCCCUCCUCUUCCGCGCCAUCCUGGAGGAGAUUGAGCGCAACAACCUGGUGGAGAACACCGCCGCCACGGGUGACUAUCUCUACAAGGGCCUGGAGAGUCUCGCGAAGAAGUACCCUCACGCGAUCCAGAAUCUGCGUGGCAAGGGACAGGGCACGUUCAUCGCGUGGGACACUCCCAACCGGGACGAGUUCCUCGUGAAAGCCAAGUCAGUCGGUGUGAACAUUGGUGGAAGCGGAAACAGCGCAGUGCGGUUGCGACCAAUGCUCGUCUUUCAGAAGCAUCACGCCGACAUCCUCCUCGACAGACUCGAGACGCUGCUCAAGCAAUGA